GAACGGCCGUCGAGGUGUGGGCUUACCUCGCUCGCUCCGACGUUAUGGCAAUAUACCGUAUAAAGUGAGUGAUACCUCAGCGAGAUAGCAAAGAAUACGAUAAAUAUUUUGUAAAUAAUGUAUAUUAUACGCGAGUGAUGAGGAAAAAUUGGUGACCGUGCGAUGUACCGCGUUUGGUGUGCGUCGAAAACUUGAUUAAAAUUGAAGUGUAGUGGGUAAAAUAAGAAGGCUGAUUACUUUUGUAUGUACAUACACUAGCGAGUAAAUCUGUGUUGUGCGGUGGUGUGGUGUAUAUUUUUUCUUCCCAUUUGUACGAAGUGAAGGAAUAUCAAGAUGGCGCAUAAUUUAGCACCGAGCGUGAAUUGUUCGUUAGACGACAUCGAUUUGAACGCAUUGAAGGAUCCGGCUGGGAUAUUCGAGCUCAUCGAGGUCGUUGGGAAUGGGACCUACGGCCAGGUCUAUAAAGGGCGGCACACAAAGACGGGUCAGUUGGCAGCGAUUAAAGUUAUGGACGUCACGGAGGAUGAAGAGGAGGAAAUAAAAUUGGAAAUUAAUGUACUCAAGCGGUACUCGAAUCACAGAAAUAUAGCGACGUAUUACGGAGCAUUUAUAAAGAAGUCGCCACCAGGCAAAGAUGACCAACUGUGGUUAGUAAUGGAAUAUUGCGGUGCAGGCUCAGUCACCGAUUUGGUAAAAUCGACAAAAGGCCAAAGUCUGAAAGAAGAAUGGAUCGCCUAUAUUUCUCGAGAAAUACUCAGGGGUCUCAGUUACCUCCACAGCAACAAAGUUAUUCAUAGAGAUAUUAAAGGGCAAAAUGUUUUGCUUACGGACAACGCUGAGGUGAAAUUAGUUGAUUUUGGUGUUAGCGCACAGUUAGACAGAACAAUCGGACGGAGAAACACGUUUAUCGGCACCCCGUAUUGGAUGGCACCCGAAGUUAUUGCCUGCGACGAAAAUCCUGAUGCUACAUACGACAACAGAAGCGAUCUGUGGUCACUCGGUAUCACUGCUUUAGAAAUGGCAGAGUCUCAACCACCGCUGUGUGAUCUUCAUCCCAUGAGAGCAUUGUUUUUGAUCCCGCGUAAUCCACCGCCACGACUCAAGUCAAAAAAAUGGGCGAAAAAGUUUCACGGAUUUAUCGAGACUGUUCUAGUCAAGGAUUACCAUCAAAGGCCUUACACGGAGCAGCUUCUUAAACAUCCAUUUAUUCGGGAUCAACCGACUGAGCGGCAAGUUCGGAUUCAAUUAAAGGAUCACAUCGAUCGCUGCAAGAAACGCAAACAGGAAAAAGAAAGAGACGACUACAGAUAUAGCGGUAGUGAAAAUGAGGAAGAGGAUUCAGCGCUGGCUGGUGAACCUUCGUCGAUCGUUCAAGCACCUGGAGGGGAUACGCUCCGACGUAAUUUCCAACAGAUUCAGGAAGGAAGGACGCUGACUCAAGAUGCCCCGCAACCUCCUGCCAAAGACAAAGGCAGGCGAGAAAUUCCAGAGCCAGGACCUCCUGCCCGUCCUGCGAUACCUCACAGGCUUAUCGUGGUGCCAGACCCACAGCCUCCAUCUCGUCCGCUGCCUCCGACACCUCGCGACGACCCGAGACAACCACACAAGGUCUCUCCACCUCCGUCUAACCACCAAGUACCAUCGGGUGGGGGUAGCGGAGGGUCAGGAGGUCAAUCCGCAUCUCAGAGAAACAGUCGCAUAUUCAAACCAAUGCUGCCGCCGAGGAGGCCAGAGGACUUGGACAUGCUGGCUGCUCAACUCAACGAGCUUGGUGUGCCGCAGGGCCCUGAGGCUCCUCCGAGGCCCAACAGGCACCAGAAAGGCAAUGUACCUCCAGCCUCGACAUCAGCGACAAACUCGGCGCCCGCCAACGAUCAAAAUAGCAAACAGAUGCAGCAGUCUUCCAGUAUUCUCGAUCAGACACUGUCAGUUGAGAGUGACAGUGAUGAUGACAUCGAAGAUGCGGCUGGGAAUAAUCUGCGAAAUGACGGAACGUUACUUGCCAGUGAUCCACCUAAACCACUUCCUGAAUUUUCUCCUUACAGACCAUUAGAUUCAACGCACAAUGCCCAGAACUCUCAGCACGAAGGUAAACCCAAAGGUGGCGCGCCCAACAGGCCAUUGCCGCCUACUCCAGACGACGAGGAAUCAGGAGACAGAACGUUAGUGAUACAAAGAAAACUAAAUCAACCGGACGAUAAAUUGGGAAACAACAACCGACGGUCGGAAAUAGAUGAGCAAUUGCUAUUAAAAGAGUGGGAUUUUACGCGGUUCUUUCAAGGAUUUAAUGAACGUCUGGACAAAAUGAAACAAGAAGUGGCUACAAAGUCGAGUAGCGAAGAAAGGUCCUCGUCGUCGAGCGAGCGAACGCUAAAAAGGCUGGACAUAAGUCAGAAAAAGUUCGAGCAGACCAAGCCUGUUCACAGACGCCAAGAGUCGGACUCGAAACUGGCUAACGGGCCAUUCAGCCGAGCGUUCAGGAGGGAAAAUUCGGACUUCUUCCCGUCCACCAGACACUCCGCCUAUUUGCAAAAGUCCGAUUCUAAGCCGAGCAUAUUUGCCAGCGGUAACAGGCGGGGCAGCGAAAUAAGCGUGGCAGGCAUUGCCGGGAAGAAGAGCAGCGCCGGUGAACCAGUACUUACGGACUUCUCGUUUGGCGAAAGACUGCAAAGACCAAGACGAGAAAAGACUGAGAGUGAAAUUGUGUUCAGAAACAGACAAGACUUGAGAGAUCAGUUAGAGGCCAGGAGACUUGACGUUGAAGUUAGAUUUUCCCGAGAAGCUGACAAAGUGAGAAGGCGCAGUUCUAGACCGCUGGACACCUCCGAUACUGGCACGAUUAAAUCUACUGCCAGCACCACUGCUAGCGAAUACAGCCCUGUCAUCCAGAGUCGGGAAGGAGAGAGACGAGGAGGUGAGUUCCAGAGGUCAGACUCUUCCCCUGGGUCAAGACCAAGCUCUGUUCUACCGGAUCUUCUAACUUCAUCCCCCGGUCAACGACAAGACAAAUCGACUAGUGAGGAGUACCGCCAGGCCGUUAAUCUCCCUCCAAAUGUACUCCAGCAGAAACAGAAAUCAUUCCUGACUUUUGGAUUCAAUGCUGGUUCGACGAGAAGAGAGUCCCAUGUGAACGUUAACGUCACACCAACCAGCCAUGACUUAGCUUCCGACACACCGGAAAUACGGAAGUACAAAAAAAGGUUCAACAGUGAGAUUCUCUGCGCUGCAUUGUGGGGUGUUAACUUGCUCAUCGGUACAGAAAAUGGUUUGAUGCUGUUGGACAGGAGUGGACAAGGUAAAGUUUAUCAAUUGAUUAACCGAAGAAGAUUUCAACAGAUGGAGGUAUUGGAAGGGCAGAAUAUAUUAGUCACGAUCAGCGGCAAGAAGAACAGAGUCAGAGUUUACUACCUCUCUUGGCUCAAGAGCAAAAUCCUACGCACCGAUGGGCAUAGCGAUCAAGUUGAGCGGCGUAACGGUUGGAUCAACGUUGGAGAUCUGCAGGGAGCAGUGCACUUUAAAAUAGUUAAAUAUGAGCGAAUAAAGUUCCUUGUGAUCGCGUUGAAGGAUUCGAUAGAAAUAUACGCCUGGGCACCAAAACCAUAUCACAAAUUUAUGGCUUUCAAGUCUUUUGGUGAACUUGCACACAGGCCGCUGCUUGUCGAUCUCACUGUCGAAGAAGGCACAAGACUGAAAGUCAUUUAUGGAAGUGCCGAUGGUUUCCACGCAGUCGAUCUUGAUUCUGCAACAGUCUAUGAUAUCUACCUUCCUAAACACCCUCAGGGACCGAUCUGCCCACACUGCAUCGUCGCUUUGCCAAAUAGUAACGGAAUGCAACUCUUGCUUUGCUACGAUAACGAGGGUGUUUACGUAAACACAUAUGGCCGAGUCGCAAAGACAAUGGUCCUGCAGUGGGGAGAAAUGCCUACAAGUGUUGCCUACAUUGGUACAGGUCAAAUUAUGGGCUGGGGAAAUAAGGCGAUUGAAAUUAGGAGUGUAGAAAGCGGUCAUCUCGACGGCGUCUUCAUGCAUAAAAAAGCGCAGAGACUCAAGUUUCUCUGCGAACGGAACGAUAAGGUAUUCUUUUCAUCGGCAAAAGGUGGCAGUUCUUGCCAGAUAUAUUUCAUGACGUUGAAUAAACCAGGUAUGGCUAACUGGUGAUCUCGAAUGUGGCCACAUUUGGCCCCACCAAAAAUGCCACCACCAUAUCCAUCCCGAGCAUUAGGAUUUUUCCCUCGACAACCCCCAACCCACUAUUCACUGCCACGGUCAAGUAUUAUAGAAUCCAGACAAUGUGUCCAUCAACGUCACAAACUCUACCCGCAGCGACAAAACACCUCGCGGACACUCAACGUCGUCAAUCUCCUUGUUAAGAGAUUUUUAUGCUUUUUCAUGUGCCCUUGCAGCGUAUGCAGUCGCGUUUAGCUAUGCUUUGUCAUAAGAUGCUUUCUGAUGACACAAAUUUUUUUACUCUUAGUUCGGUUCGUUUGUGAAAAAAUUUUACACGUUGUUAGAAACUAGAAAUUAAUUGCUGAAUUCGGAGUUUGUUACAAAUGAUAAUUUCUUGUCACGAAUCAUUGUUACGUUAUGCAAUAUGAAUAUGUACUUGAGUGGAGUGAAAUGUUGGUGUUUCGUAUUUCACUAAUUUCAAUCGACUGUUGGCCAUGUUUCAGUGAUUCCAGCAAUAGGUCUCGAGUAGUUAUUAUGAAUUCAGAUUUUUACUCCGUUACUUUAUAAACACUGCAAGGGUCAAUGUUGGGUAUAAAAUUUCGUGUCUGACAUAAUUCAAUGUUGCCCUUAUGUAUUUAUAAACUACUAAUAAGCGACAGUUCACUAAACGUGGGAAGAACUGAUACAUAUUAAGGAGAAAGCAACAACAAGAAAAAUGAAUAAAUAGUUUCCGUGUCCACGUGAAAACUCGAAUUGAUCAAAACUCAGGACUGCUGAUAUAUAGACGAGUUCCCCUCACAAUUUCGAUGUAGCUAAAAAGUAAAAAUUUCAGAAUGCAGAUGUGCAAACAUUUUUAUAGUAAAAAUUUUAUUUUUCUCAACGGUCAAGAAUUAGUUGGGAAAAUGUGAUGAAAAUAUUUGUCUUCUUUUUUUAGUCUGCCUAAAAAUUGAAAGAAAUUCGCUAAAUAAUAACAUAAAGCAAAGUGACAAAAAGUAACUCUGACAAAAAAAUAAUAAAGAAUAAUAACAGUUUUCACCAAGGUAAAAUUAUGGUAAAAAAUUAAUCAACAAUUGUAAUUAUGAUGCUAUUUGCUGUUCGGAGUCUCAUGUGAACAUGGGAAUAUCCAGAAAAACGAUAAUAUCAAUACCAGUACGAUUAUUACAUUAAAUUCAUAGAAUCCUUUAAUACUUUUGUCGACAAAAAAAUAGGGAGAAAAAAACCAAUAAAAAACUUAGAACAAUGAAUCAUCAAUAGAUGUACUUUAACAUGGAUUAUUUGGAUCAUUCCACACUCUUUUUCAGAUAACCAAUAUUUUCCUUUCUUUUCAUUAUGAAUAAACAUUAUUACUAUAUUAAUAAUAUUAGUUUCAGUCUAUGUGUUGAUAGGUCACAAUUGUACAUUAUUAUAAUUGAGAGAUGAAAACUUAGAUACAGUAAUAUUGCUCCAAUUUUUUUUAACCUAUAUAUAUAUACACACGAACACACAUUCUCUUCAACUGUUCCCGGCAAAACAAAAAUGAUUACAAGUGGACUGAUUACUAGUUUAGAUUACGGCUGGUCCACAGUGUCGAAGUCUUCUUUUACUCAGUAUCUGUAUUUGUAACUAAAAACUCGAAAUUACUGCUUCAAAGAAAUGAUGUAACUGUAUACUAGGGUCCGAAUAAAUCCGAGUAUUCUAGUUUGACCUGAAAGAGGGAAACUUGUUGACUUGUUAAACGAUAUUGCAGCAGGGUUUUUCUUCUAGCGUAUGAAUAUUUUUAUUGCGUUUUUCAUUAACUAUUCUCGUUGCGUAAAUACAACAUCGGCGAUGUUCCAACUAUUAUUACUGGAUUUAAUCUCUCAAAUGUUAGAAGGACUCGUAGAGUCCACUUUCCCUAUAUCGGUAAGUUGCACAUUAUUGAUUUUGGUUGAUUUUUUGCCAAAAAUACAUAUGCUAGAGGGACACAGUUGAUUGAUAACCGACUAUACUUUGAUAUUUGUAAGAUAAUGUGAAUGGCGCCAAUAUCAUCAUUCUUGGUGUUAGCCAAACACGAGUUUACACUCAUAGGAAUGCACUUUUGAUGAGACAUUCGUGUACACUGAAGACAGUUAUGAAGGUCGGUCAGUUGAAAAUUAAAACUUUUUCUUUUAUUAAUUCGGUAAUUAUUAAAUGUUUUUGAAACAACAAAGAAUUGUAUAAUUGUCAUGAAGAGCAUGGAUAUCAAUUUUCCACUUUAAAUCAUUCAAGUGUAGUAAAAAAAUCCGUCAAAUAUUUAACAUUUCAAUAUUGUACACUGAUGUUGACUUUCAUCAAUAUCUAGUAUCUAUUGAUCAAUAUAAUUGAAUUAACAAAACGUAUUGAUUUUCAUUUGACCAACCUGCCUAACAUUGAACACCCAAUUGUUCCUGCUGAACUGGUAAUAAUGACGAGCCCUUAGAGAGCAAACAGCUUUAGGUAGUAUGUAUCAAAAAGUUUUUAAUUAAGUGUCGAAAAGUCAUGUCUCUUCUUAUUUUGAUAACAGUUGUUUUUCCUCUCCCAUCUGUUGUACUGCUUAUACAUAGUUUUGGGCAUACUGUGUAGCAUCGUUUUGUAUAAGUAAUGUGUAUAAAGUAUGAUAAAGUUUAAUGGACUCAAGCUUUUUUAUUAUUGAUAUAAUUAAUUUUUGUAUUGUAAUAUUGUAAUGCUCUGUCCUCUUUCCACGCAAUUCUCGUUUCUGUUAUACCGUUUGUCCAUGUGUAUUUUUUGUGUUUCUUUUAAAAAUUUUCUUCAUUACUUGACGUGACCUUAUAUUAUGUAUACUAGAGAUUUAAGCCCCGACAUGAUCAAUUAUACAAUAUUGUAUUUACCGCAUACAUAAAAUAACAAAAAAUUUGACAUAAAAGGAUUACUAGAAAAUAAUAAUAAUAAGAAUAAUAAUCAUCAUCAUCGUCAUCAUCAUCAUCAACAACAGCCGGGAAUCCUAAAAAAAAAAGAAGUUUGUCUGAGAAAUGACAAUAUAUCUUAUUUACAAGAAGAGUAUCAGGCUUUCUGGGUAAUUGAUUUUGCUCAAACUUUUAGGGUAGUUUCCUUGACCUGAAAUAUGAAGUCUGUGAUAUAUAGAUUCUUCUAACGGACCUCUGAACACUCCAGUUGCAGUAGAUUAUAUCAAAAGUUUCAUGAUUAUAAUUCUGUAACAAAGAAAACCUGUGGUCUAUUUUUGCCUUAAAUAUUAAUAUUUCAUUGUUUUAGGAUUUCAUAUUGUGAUUCAGGUGUGAAUGGAUAUAUUAUUUCAGAACAAUAGUGAAGUAACUGUGAAUUUUCGAUUACCUAAUCUAUUGUAAAUUGAGCGAAGAAAGGUUCAUUGGAUCAAACCAAUAAAUUAGGAUCUUCAUAUUUUGGGCCAAAAGAACACCCCUAAAAGUUUGGAGCUGAAUCCAUGUUCUGGAAGUCUGAUACUUUCUUCGUUAAAUUAAUAAGGCAGUCAUAAAUGUUGUACAUUUACCUUGUAAGUACCAUAAAUGAGCAUUCUGUAUAUGAAUUGGAGGUGUAAUCCAAUGUUGAUGUACUGCAUUUGUAAGCUUGCAAACUUUUCAGUAUAUACAUAUGAAUCAGAGCGGUACGCUCCGACCUUCCUCCUGCUGUUUUAAGCUUAAGGGUUCUUUCAUUAGAACGUGGCAAAUAUUAGGGAAACUGUUUGAUAUUAGAAUAAAUAAAAAUGCAUCCUCCAGUUUUUAUACAAUUUUCGUAAAAUAAGGAAUAAUGAACGCCCUAACUAAUUAAUAAUCCCUGUUUGUAUAUUAAAAACAAAAACGCAAAAAAAAAAAGAAGAAAAAAUAAAUAAAAAAAUUAAGUAUGGUCCAAACGUUGCCCCGAGUUGAAACAAAAUACGGAAAUGUGUAGAAAAAC